AUGCAAACAUUUUGUUGUGGUGCACUUGCAUUCGAUCCCUCUCGUGGGUCAACUCGCUACAAAGUUGUACGCGUUGACUGCUCCUUGUACCUAGCUGAUGUUUUUGUAGACAUAUACUAUUCGUUUGAGAGGUUUUGGGUUAGACGCGAACUAAAGUUGGACCCAUGCGUGCGCGAUGGCAUAUUGUUGAGGCCGUCGGUGUACUUCGAUGGGGAUUUAUUUCGAUUAUCCAAUACGUGGAACCUCAUACAGUUUGAUGUGAAGAGUGUGAGUAUUAGCGUGACUGGCCUUCCUUUGAGUUAUAGAGAGUGUGGUGGCUUGAUGGGAUGCAUGGGAGUACAAAUGGGCCGGUUUAUGUACGCGAAUGAAUCAUGCAACGUGUUAUACGUAUGGUCGCUCGACAAUGAUGUACAGAGUUGGGUUUUGAAGCACAAAAUUAAUAUUUAUGAUUUGACCAGUGGUAUUUUGCUUAACAAAGCAGAUGCCCCUCCUGGUUGUCGUUGGAUUGGGCCGGUUGCGUUUGAUCCACACUCAAAUAUCAUCUACAUGGGCAGCUCUCUUGUAAUCCUCAGAUGCAACCUGGAUGAGGAUUAUAGUUUGGAGGAGAUGAGUAGAGUGGAUGGGAAUGUCAUGUUUCUUCCUGGAUGCCACUGUCAAUCUUUUCCUUACAUUCGAUGA